AUGACAGUUAAUCAUAUAGACAACAAUAACAGCGCUUUCACCUCUGCUGCUACGAACACAAGUAAAACUAUGUUUUCACCGUCUCCUUCGCCAAUUGGAAGAUAUUUAGAUUCAUACAAUGUAAGGAGAUCGAGUAGUGUGCAUAGUUUUGAUAGUUAUACAGAGUAUCAAAUUAAUACCAAUACUAGCGGCAGUAAUAGUAGUAGUACCAAUAAUAACAAUAAUAAUAGUGGUAAUACUACGAUUAUACAAAAUACAAUGAAUAACAACACUUUAAGAAGAAAUAGUAGUAACAAUAUACAAGGUAAGAAAACGCCGUUACAACGAUUAUGGGAUAAUAAUAAUAAUAAUAAUAAUAAUAACACUAGUUUUCCGUUGUCACCAGGAAAUAUCAUUAAUAACAACAAUAACCGUAGUAGCAGUGGUACGCUUUCUCAUGUUCAAGAUUUUCCUGCUUUAAAACAUGAAAAUUCAUUCUCCUCUAUAUCUUCGAGUUCUAAUACUGGAUAUGGCUAUUCCGCUGAAAAUAUACUUGCUAUUGACAACAAUACAAAUGAGAACAAAGACCAUUAUUAUAAUGGGUUGAACAUAAAGGAAAAAUAUUUUGACAAUAAUGUUGGUGUUGAUACUUCAAUUGCCACAUAUAAUGGUAAAAAUAAAUACGUUGAUAACAAUCAGCACUGUUACUAUUAUCCAGGUGAAGGUAAUUCUAGUACAAUUAGUAAUACCAUUGACGAUGAUGGUAAUGGGCACCGGGAUUAUAAUGUCAAUACCAUAGCUUCUAAUGAUAUUCCUAAUAACACUGUAGAUAUAAAUAAUAAAAAAAUUACAAAUGAAAUAUAUGGUCCUGGACCAGAAGGUAAUUUAGAUUGUGUUUAUAACGCAACAAACUAUCCAUAUAAUUUUCCCUUAACUACAAGUUCUUCCAAUCCUGAUGAUGCUUCGGAGCCUGUUGCAAGUGUUAAUUUAGAUCCUUCUCCUGCAUUUGCUACUGCUAAGAAAAUGUUUAAUGCUAGUCCUGUUCCUAAUUCUAAUUCUAACGCUUACUCAAACUUCAAUUCUGAUUUUAAUUCUAAUUUUAAUUCUAAUUCUAAUUCUAAUUUUAAUUCUAAUUCUAAUUCUAAUUCUAAUUCUAAUUUUAAUUCUACUUCCAAUUUAAACUCCAACUCCAAUUCCAAUUCCAAUCUCGAUCCUAAUUACACUUCUGCUUCCUUUUUUUUACCAAAACAACUCCUUGCGCAACAACAAAUAGAGUUACAGGUUGCACCAAAAAAAAAAGUUUACAACCAGCAUUUAACACAAGCAUUUUCAAGUAGCCCUUCUAUAACACCCACUUCUGAUUUCUUGCCACAAGUCAUAUCCCAAAAUCAAAUAAUAGUACAACGCCACUUGCAUAAUCCAUCACAACAACAAUCGCAAAACCCCCAACAAUUUUUACAGAUGCAACAAAUGUUGCAACAGCAACAGCAACAACAACAACAACAAAAGGAUACAUUCUCUUCUUCUCAAUCAUACCAAAUGUUGCCACAUCAGCAACAAUUACAACAAUUAUUACUACAGCAGCCACAAGAACCAAUUCCACCUACAUCUUCGUCAAUGAACGAUCUUAUUGAACCAAUUAGUAGAACCGUUUAUUUAGGUAACACACCAUUAGAUUUAACUUAUUCGCAGCUACUAGAUCAUGUACGUAGCGGUGUUAUAGAAGAUGUUAAGAUCUUACCAGAAAAGUCAUGUGCAUUUAUAUCUUUCACAGACGAAAAUUCUGCCUUGCUAUUUCAUUCGGAUGCAAUCUUAAAAAAAUUAAACAUUGGUGGGAAUAAUAUUAAGGUUGGUUGGGGUAAAGCUACCCCGUUAGACUCUAUUGUAGCAGCAAGCGUUAAUAAUGAAGGAGCUACAAGAAAUGUGUACAUUGGUAAUUUAAAUACUGAUAACAAGUCCAGAGGUAUUAUUGGUGAGGGGGAAACAAAUGCCAAUAAUGAUAAGACCAAUGGUGAAGAAGAACGGGCACCUAUACAUAAAGACAUGGAAAAUGAAGACGGAGAAGAAACUAAUAGUUUAAAGGGAAAAGGAAAGGAAGAGCUUGCUAUCACUGAGGAAAAAUUAAGGCAUGAUCUAAAACACUACGGUACUAUUGAAAAUAUUAAGAUUGUAGCAGAAAAGGGCAUUGCUUUUGUUCAUUUCACCUCUAUUUUUUCUGCGAUUAAAGUUGUCACUACUUUACCCUUUACAAACACGUAUUAUAGUAAUAAAAAAGUUGCUUAUGGUAAAGAUAGAUGCUCCUUUAUUACUAAAACACAGCAACAUAACGCAGCGAUGUUUUUGGGGAUCCCACAUGGUAUGGAGCAUUUAAUUAGUAAAAGUAACCCACAGUUUAUUUCCAACACAUUAGCCCAACAAUCAGCUGCUGCCGCUGCAAUUGCUACAACUGCGGGAGGAGCUAAUAAUCUAGGCAAUAGAACUAUAUACCUAGGUAAUCUACCCAAAGAUGUCCGUAUUGACGAAAUUUGUAACGUUGUGCGGGGUGGUAUGCUACAAAAAAUUAAACUGUUAGAAGACAGACAUGUUUCCUUUGUAACUUUUAUUGACCCAACAGCUGCAGCUCAAUUUUAUGCACUGAGCCAAUUGCAUGGGUUAACUAUUCACUCAAGAAAGUGCAAAGUUGGUUGGGGCAAACAUUCUGGACCAUUAAGUAACGCUUUGGCGUUAGCUGUUGGACAGGGAGCGUCAAGAAACAUAUAUUUGGGCAAUAUAACUUUUGAUUCAGAUGUUUAUAAUGGUGAGCCCUUUUUUUCUGAAGCUAAUUUAAGAAAAUUUUUCAGCCAAUAUGGGAGCGUAGAGCAGAUUAAUUUUUUGGUUGAGAAAAAUUGUUGUUUUAUUAAUUUUACUGACAUUAAUAACGCUAUUUUAGCGAUUGAUAAAAUCAAGGACAAUUCACAUUUUAAAAGUUUAAAAAUUAAUUUUGGAAAAGAUCGUUGUGGAAAUAUGCCUCGCCAAAAUGUAUGA